AUGGCGCGCCCCGUGCGCCAUCCGAAGAUGACAGCGGCCAACUACGAGGCAGGUUGCAGGUUGCAGGGCUUCGGCUGCCGAAAGGGCCAGCUGAUGCUCAGCCCGGAGGAGGCCCAAGCGGUCUUGCAGGCACUGCAAGACCUGGGCCUCACCGCCAACUGGGCCCUGAAGGAGGGAAAAAGUCCGGCGGGCUUUUCAAGGGAAUUGAAGGCGAAGAGCGCCCCGAAGGCCAAGGCCAAGACCCGCGACAUGCAGCAGGCCAAGCCCAAGGCUAAGGAGAAGCCUGAGCCGGCCUCGACAAAGCGUGCACGGGAGGCUGAGGAAGAGUCCGAGGAUCGUGGCAAGCGGCAGAAGGCCGAGAAGGGCGAAGCCGGAGGGCAGGCGAAGGUGAAGGAGGUGCCGGAGGAAGAGCGAGCGUACUUGGAGAGCCUGGUGGACAUGCUGGACUCCGACCAGGAGGACGAGCUGGUGAAGAAGUUCGACGGCACCGAGGACUUCGUCAUCGAUAUCGACAAGAUGACUGCCGCGGAGCGCCGGAAGUUCCGACGGACCAUGGAGGGCAUGAUCCCGAAGGCUGACGCACAGAAGGCCAAGCAAAAGGCCAAGGCGGACCUGAAGGCCAAACAGCUUGCCAAAGCCAACCAGCAAGAGCCAGAGACAGAGAGGCCGGCGCCUGAGACCAACGUCAUCAUGGACGCCUCCCAGGAUGUGCCGCCGCCGGGAGAGCCCGCGGCGUCAACGGCCGCAUGGCGCCGGGUGUUGUACGGAGACCCGGCGCCCGCGCCAGGUGUGCCUGUGGAUGUUGCGCCUGCGUCUCAGGAAGCACUCGCAGAGCUCAGCGAGCCCGAGGUGGCGGUCGCGAAGGUCGCUGGGGACACUCAGGGCGCAGGCGGCGAAGUGGCGGGCGCGGCCAUGGAAGGCGUGGACCCCGCCGAAGGCGGCGGUGCGGAGGUCGCUGAGGGCGCCACUCAGGGCGCUGGCGACGAAAUACCGGGCGCGGCCAUGGAAGGCGUGGACGCUGCCGAAGGCGGCGAAGGUGGCGAAAGCGCGGAGGGCGCCGAAGGCGGCGAGGGCGCGGAGGGCGCGGAAGGCGCGGAGGCGGAGGCGGAGGAAGGAGGCCUGGAAGAUCUCCCAAAUGUCUCGGAGGACAUUUUGAGAGGUGAGGAUGAGGAUGAGUUGGAGAAGUUCUUGGAGGAGUGCCGCGAUUGGUUCUGA